AUGGUAAUAAAACUAUUUUCUCUCUUCUCUUUACUCCUCAUACUCAUCCAUGGAGUUUCCGGCCAACAAGACGAUGAUAACACACCGGUGCUCGACUCUGAUGGAGAUGCGGUCAACUCCUCGACCGAGUACUACAUCUCUUACGCCGGAGCAGGUUUUCGUGGUGGAAUCGGACUCCCCUGGGGGUCUAAACUCAGAUGCCCCGCCAGAGUUAUUCAAAUGCCGUUCCGGACUCAGAUUGGUCUCCCGGUCGCUGUCAGGCCUACGCUCCUCGAGAGCCCAUUCUGGCCGCCGUCGCCGCUUCCUAUCGUAUUUACAGUUUAUGUGAAUCAGAGCGUCGAAAUUAGUUUCUCAGAAUCAGUCACCGGCUGCCCAGAUGGCCAGGCCUUGUGGGAUGUCGAAUUUGUCCCGGAGGUUCAGAAAGACGUUGUGGCAGGCACAUGGAAUCAACAAAAGAGUGAGUUCAAGAUUCUGCAGACUGGGAAAAAUAAUGUCUACACCUUUGCAUCGUGCGCGCGGUGGAGUCCAUGCCGCGAGCUCGGGCUUUACAGGAUGCGCCGUCGGCAGCAUCUGUCGGUUAACAAUCAGCCCAACGACUUGCCCUACACGUUCCAGUUUGUUAAGAAGAAUCCAGCAAAUGGUGUUGAGCUGCCCAAGUGA